CGCAUCGCAUGCGAGCAAUACAUCAAUUUGUCUCUUGACAGCUCAAACAUGGCCUCCGUACACUAUGAUAUCCCCCUUGAUUUCCUCCCAGACAACGACAGGGUGAUAGAUCAUCACAGCCCACUAGAGCAGCUUGAGCCCGAUGCAACGCUCUGCCAUCCGAUCGUAAGAUCGGUAGGUGAUAUGAUUCCGUUCGUACACUGUACACGGCCCUCCAUACGACACCUUUCCUGGGCCAGCUCAGCUCUGAGGUCGACCGAGCAAGUUGUCGGACUUCAUGAUCAUCUCCUACCGUACCUGACAUUGCCCACGUUAUAUUUUUGUUGCCAGUGUGGCGACGGCCCGAAGCUUUGGGAUCGCCAGCUAAGGUGUGUGAUCUGUUCACACAGUAAAUGCGGUUAUUGCAUGCCGGCCAAUUGAUAAUAGUUUCCUGUAUGGGCAACAUGGUUCGUUGGCAAGGGUUUCCCUUUUUUCCGUUCUUCUUCCAACUGUGUAUGCAUACUUGGAAUCUCCUAAUAUAUGUCAAGCCCGCAUUAGG